UCCUUCCUUAAUCCUUAUCGAAGCAUUUUAUCCAAAUGUCGAUAAUGCCGAAACUACCCUUCAUCAAAGAGAAAUUACCGAGUCAAAGCGUUCACCCCCAAACCAAUACGUAGCAUUAUUAUUCACUGCCAUGUUCUCCCUUCCUUCGUCUCUAACCUCGCAAACAUUCGUCAAUUCGCAAUUUCAAGUUUGAGUUUUAAUUACUUAUUCUUAUAAUCUGAAUUCAACUUCAAAUUUACUGAUACCGCGUGCCAAUAAGCACUACCGUUUGAUGCCGUCUAAGUGUCGUUUGUAUGAAAAUUUUCACUUCAUUCGGAGAAAUUGAAGUUCGAAUUUCAAGGAUCAGAGGAUCUCGUUGUUGAUUUUGCUUCGUAUCGAUUUGGAUUUCGGAAAUUCUGCAAUGCACAGGGUUGGUAGUGCAGGAAACACAUCCAAUUCAGUUCGUGCUCGUAAGGAGAAGCGAUUGACUUAUGUGUUGACUGAUGCUAAUGAUACAAAGCAUUGUGCAGGUGUAAAUAGUUUGGCCCUACGAAAAUCAUCAGCUCCAGAUAAUUGUAGUUACCUUUUCACUGGUAGCCGUGAUGGGAGGUUAAAGAGAUGGGAAGUGUCUGAAAACAGUGCUACUUGCUCAGCUACAUUUGAGUCUCAUGUAGACUGGGUCAAUGAUGCAGUCCUUGUAGGAGAAAAUACCCUUGUCUCCUGCUCCUCAGACACCACUGUUAAGACAUGGGAUUGCUUUUCUGAUGGAACUUGCACAGGAACUUUCCGCCAACACACAGAUUAUGUCACUUGUCUUGCUUCUGCAGAGAGAAAUGGAAAUAUUGUUGCCUCUGGUGGUUUAGGUGGUGAGGUGUUCAUUUGGGAUCUUGAAGGUGCUCUUGCUCCUUUGACCAAGUCAAAUGAGGGUGAUGAUGAUUGUUCAAAUGGCAUCAAUGGUUCAUUUCCAGUUACAAGUCUGCGAACUAUCAGCUCAAGCAACAGUAUUUCAUCACAUACAAAUCAACCUCAAGGAUAUGUUCCUGUUGUUGCUAAAGGACAUAAGGAGUCUGUAUAUGCAUUAGCAAUGAAUGAUAGUGGAACUCUUUUGGUCUCAGGUGGGACUGAAAAGGCUGUACGUGUUUGGGAUUCUAGAACUGGUUCAAAAACAAUGAAGCUUCGAGGGCACACAGAUAAUGUCAGGGCUUUGCUUCUUGACUCUACAGGGAGAUUCUGCUUAUCAGGAUCCUCUGAUUCUAUGAUCAGAUUAUGGGAUCUUGGACAACAACGAUGUGUCCACUCAUAUGCUGUUCAUAUGGAUUCUGUAUGGGCACUUGCUAGCACUCCAUCAUUUAGCCAUGUGUACAGUGGUGGAAGAGAUCUUUCUUUGUAUUUGACAGACCUUGCAACAAGGGAGAGUAUCUUAUUGUGCACAAGGGAACAUCCUAUUCAGAAAUUAGCAUUACAUGAUGAUGGAAUUUGGGUUGCAACUACAGAUUCUUCUGUGCAUAGAUGGCCUAUUGAAGAUCAUAAUCCUCAACAAGUGUUUCAGAGAGGUGGUUCGUUUCUUGCUGGAAACUUGUCGUUUUCAAGGGCACGUGCUUCCUUGGAAGGAUCUACCCCUGUUCCUGUCUAUAGAGAGCCAACACUCACUGUUAAGGGGAUUCCUGGCAUAGUGCAGCAUGAAAUUUUGAACAAUAGAAGACAUGUCCUCACUAAGGAUAAUGGUGGUUCUGUGAAGCUUUGGGAGAUCACUAAAGGCGUUGUGAUUCAGGACUAUGGACAGGUUUCAUUCGAGAAGAAGAAGGAAGAACUGUUUGAGAUGGUCAGCAUUCCUGCAUGGUUCACUGUAGAUUCUAGACUGGGGUCCUUGUCAGUGCAUUUGGAUACCCCACAAUGCUUCUCUGCAGAAAUGUACGCUAUUGACCUCAACAUCACCGAAAAAGCCGAGGACGAUAAGAUUAACUUGGCACGGGAAACACUCAAAGGUUUGCUGGCUCAUUGGCUGGCUAAGAAAAAGGUUAAAUAUGGAUCUCAACCUUUGGCCAAUGGGGAAGUGACAUCUGGCAGGGAUAGAGAUAGAGAUAGGGAUAGGGAUAGGGAUAUUUCUGGUAGGAGCAUUACACAUUCGAGAGUUGAAGUAGAUGCUGUUAAUGGUGAAAAUGAUUGUGUGGUGUAUCCUCCGUUUGAAUUUUCAACUACUUCGCCUCCUUCAGUUAUUACAGAGGGUUCUCAAGGUGGUCAAUGGAGGAGGAAAAUCACUGAGCUUGAUGGAGUAGAAGAUGAGGAGUUCCCAUGGUGGGUUUUGGAUUGUGUCUUGCAUAAUCGGUUGCCACCCAGGGAAAAUACCAAGUGCAGCUUUUACUUGCAACCAUAUGAAGGUUCAGCUCUCCAGAUCUUAACACAAGGGAAGCUGAGCGCACCUCGUAUUUUAAGAAUACACAAGGUUGUGAACUAUGUGGUGGAGAAGAUGGUUGUGGAGAAGCCAUUGGAUAGUUUGAUUAAUGAUGCGGGAGGGCAGUUGCCACUUCCUUUUGUUGGAGAUGGUUCCUUUAAAUCCAUGGGAUUGAAGCCUUGGCAAAAGCUAAAACCAUCUGUAGAGAUCUUGUGCAAUAAUCAGGUCUUAAAUCCUGAGAUGAGCUUGGCUACUGUCCGGACUUAUAUAUGGAAAAAACCCGAAGACCUUGUUCUCAACUACCGCGUUGUGCCAGGAAGAUAAGAUGAUGACUCAUCCAUUGUAUUUGUAUCAGCCACUACACACACACACAAGGUCGGUACAUAUACAUAUAUCAUAUCGUGAUUGGUUUUCAUGUUUCUAAGAUCCAUCCAUGUAUAUCUUAGAUACACACACGAACACAUGAAUUAGGUUUCUAAAUCAUGAAACACGUGAAGGACAGAGAGUGAGAGAGAGGGGUUGACUUUUUAGAUGGAGGUCAACUUCAUAGUUAGUGAGAUGAUGUCGAAGAAAGCCUUUGUAAAUUUCUAAGGAAAUUCAUUGCUUAUAUAUAUAUAUAUAUAUAUAUAUAUAUAUAUAUAUAUAUAUAUAUAUAUAUAUAUAUAUAUAUAUAUAUAUACACGCGAAUAAGAUAUAAAGUAAGACAGAUGUGAAAUGUAACAGCUAACAGCUUAGUAAUUUUGUGUUAUUUGAUUUCUUGUAAACGGAGGGAGGUUUAUAACAAGAUUUUGUAUGAUGUCGGAAUGAAUUUGUAGUAGCAUUUGUCUUUUACA